CGCCACGGAGGAACGCGCAUGCGCGCAGCAGUCGGUCUCGACGACAGGGUUGCGACGCCAGAAGGCAAGGAGGGCCAUUUCGCCACGCGUUUCCGUACCCUGCAUUAUACAUUGCAGCCGAGUGCACGUGACAGCGGAACAAGCGCAGUCGAUAUGCAUCCGUUGCUGCGGAAUCGGCGUUAGAUGUAUGGAACGGCUGUCGCCGACGAUAACGAAGCACUGGCCGCGUUGCGAAAGUGAAGGUUCCCCAUUCUACGCGACAGUGCGUGCAGGGCUCCCUUUAGCUCUCGUUGACGCUGAUCUGGGCAAAGUGUCGGACACCACCCAGCAGCGAAAGGCUCGGUAAAAGAAGCCACCACGCUCUUGUGCGAGCCUAGGAUUCGUACCCGAAGACGCCGCCAUGCCGGAUCACGGACAGGGAGGGGUGCACCGUUUUCGCGACCACGUCGUCUCCGGCGUCAACUGGCGACCAACGCGGCUCGUCGACGAGGUUCCCAGUUCAAGCGUGUGCGGCCUCUGCCGCAUGAUCCCCAAACGGAUGGUGGUGUUGCCGUGCGGUCACGCUCUCUGCCAAUCUUGUCACGCAGGCAGUCUCGAGGGGGCUGCUGGGCAGUGCCCGUUGGAUCGAGAGCCAUUCGAAGAAUCGGAGUGCGUCGGUUAUGAAUUCCUUACCGGAACAGCGAACACCGUGAAGGUGUACUGCUGGAACGAAGCUCACGGCUGCGAGUACACGGGCACCAUGGACCGCAUGCUGGAGCACUUCGAGAAUGAGUGCACAUUUCACACCGUGGAAUGUUUGCGAUGCGGCGAGGGAGUCCAGCACAAAGACCUGCCAACGCACUACGCGGCCGGAUGCAGUGCCGGUGCUUCUGCCGCGAUCACGGAGUCCUCGGAGCAUACAGCACCGACCCUUGCAUAUGUGAACGCUGCCCUUGAAGAUGUGAAGGCAAUGUUGGGAUGCCUCAACGAUGACCAGAUGCUGCCAGUGAUUCAGAGUCAGUUGAAUGAGCUUAAAGAAGAAGUCAGAAACCAGGGAGCUAGGUUCACUCGCGAGCUCGGAGCAUGCGAGCAGAAUUUAAAGGCCGAGAUGGAACAAAUCACCGUCACGAUUUCCUCGACCGUGUCGCACCAGCGGACAUCUCAGCAAAAUCCAUUGGAGCAAGCCAGCACGUCGAGGUCGCUGUCGUUGCGCUCGGAACAAGAUGAGAUACGUCGAAAGUUUGAACACUUAGCCCACCUGGAACACUCGCGGCAAACUUGCCCGAAGCCUGAUUCCAGCCGUGUCAUUGCUCAUUGUGAGCCUUGGUACGGUGACGUUCGGCAUUUGAGCAGUGCGCUGUCGAUACCCGAUUUCAUAAAAAAAAUUGGGCGCGUGACAUAUCUGCUGACAGUAGAAAACUUUGAGGAAAUCAUUCAGUGCCAGGAAGCCUUCAAACAGUUUGAGGAGAUUACGGUGCGGCACAUGGAGGACACGUACUUUGCCAUUGCCGUGUGGAAGUACGGCGCUACUUCUACAUCCUCCCUUGCUCUCCAGAUCAAGUUUAACGGGACGCUGGUGGACUCUACGUGUUGGCCGCCUUUCUGGAGCGUGCGCGCGGUGCAUUCAGGAACAUCCGAUGAUCGUUUGCUGACUCCCGCUGCCAGCAAUUGUUUCUGCAACCGCGAUGACCCCUCACUGCUACACUUCCACCUCGAAUUUCGUAUAUCCAUUGCCUCGCUGAAAAAUGACGGUUACCUCCGAGACGGAAACGUAGACUUCCAAAUCGACCUCUUCCAUACAGAUUCGUACGGUGGGAUCAGAGGAGCCCCCUAACCUUCGUCAUCGCGCAAUGUGUACUGCACUGGAAAAUCCUCCUUGCCGCUUCCCAAUAUGUCACAGGAGCUUAACGAAUUUUCGAUCUUCUUUCUAGUAAAUAAAGUGAGCUCUGCGACAUCUGUUUUUUGGAAAUUUGCUAUCCCUAGUAACUGUCAACCUAUUCUGUUCUGACUUUACUGGCCGUUCGUUUUGUUUAUUUCUUGUGCUAAUACAGUUCUUGUUGCGAAA